AUGCCCGCAAAGUGCCUGGCCGUGGGCCCCGGCUGGGACAAGCCGCAGAGGAGACCAGUGAUAUGGAUCAACGGCUGGCCUGGAGUGGGCAAGGCGUCGGUGGCUGGCCUACUAUCAAUGCUGAUUGGGAUUGAAAAGUCAACUGUCGUGGCCGAGGACGCCAACGACGACACCAAUCCGCCACCGACCUUCGAGCCGAGGCGGGACUGGCGCAGCAGCGGCGACCACGACGCCCAGAUCCGAGGGAUCACUGGAGGAGAGUUGGAGAGCCUGAGAAUGGACCCGGAGGCCGCCCGCCGCGCACUCAACAUGGCGAACCACAUCCUGGAACCGACCUCGUUUGCAAAGUUCACAAUCAUCACGGCCUGCCAGACGGCCACGGAGCGCGGGGCCGAAGCCGCGACCCAGUACGCCGCGGCGGCGCGACAGGUGAAGCGUCUUUUUGUUCCCGUCACGCUCGUCUGCGAGGCCAGCGAGAACAUUCGGCGGCUGCAGACCAGACACGCGGUACACCCGGCGCACUACGAAUCGGGUCCGCAGGAUCCAAACGAGGCAAUGGCCGAGCGAGGCGUAGGGCUAUACGAGUUCUCAUCGACACCGGGACCGUCCCUAUCCCCAUCCCCGCGCCCCCGCGACCCGCAGCUAGAGAGCGUCACCUUGGAUGACCAUGGCGACGUCGGAAGCGUGUUUGGCGGCAAGGAGACGAAAGACGCCGAGGAGAAGGAGGAGGAGCCCCGCAUGUCCGAGAACGACCCGGCCGCCCUGGCCAUCUGCGUCGACGUGACGCGCAAGACAUCAAUGCAGGCCGGCUUCGCCAUACUGCAGCACGUGGAGGAGCUAGAGGUGCGCUGUCUACGGCGAGACCGUGCUGCCGCUUGGGCCGCUGCAGAGACGGAGGCCCGCCGAUUCGCGGCCGAGGCGGAAGCGAGAAGUCGAAGGGCAGACGACGAGGCUGCCAGACGCACGGCUCAGCGGCAGUCUUCGUACAAGCGUGAGGAAGCGGAGGCGGCGCACAUGCCAGGGCACUCGGGCGGGGAUGACUCCAGCAGCUCUCCUUCGAGCCCGGCUCUCGAGAUGGACCGUCGUGGUGGUGCAAAUGCGGCCGGCACUCUGGACCAGGACAUAAAGCUGGGCACCACGAACCCUCCGAGGCCAAGAAGCACGUAG